AUGCAAGACAAAACAUCUCUCCUAGCAGCAACAUCAGUUAAACUAGGAUUGAAACCUAAUGAAAGGAAGACAAAAAUUAUGAAAAUUAAUGCAAAGAGUAAACAGCCUAUCAAAAUAAGGGAUACCAUCUUGGAAGAAGUUGAGGAGUUUACUUACCUAGGAAUUAUUGUGAGUGUGAAUGGAGGUACCGAUGCUGAUGUUAAGACCAGAAUAAACAGGGCUAGGGUCAUCUUCAACAUUCUGGGGAAAGUAUGGAAUGCAAAGAACAUCUCGAGAAACACUAAAAUCAAGAUUUUUAAUUCAAAUGUAAAGUCUGUGCUUCUGUAUGGGGCAGAAACAUGGAGAACAACAAAUGCCACGAUUUCAAAAAUUCAAAGAUUCAUCAAUUACUGCCUGCGCAGAAUAAUGAACAUCAGAUGGUUUGAUAAAGUAAGAAACGAGGAUCUUUGGAAAAGAGCAAAUCAAGCCCCCAUAGAUAUCCAAAUCAAAAAAAGCAAAUGGUCAUGGAUUGGACACACACUGCGAAAACCACCAAGCAGCAUCACAAAACAAGCCCUCAAAUGGAACCCCCAAGGAAAAAGAAACAGAGGAAGACCAAGGAGCAGCUGGCGCAGAGUUACGGAGACAGAAUUAAAAGAGCAAGGCUACACCUGGAACUCAGCAGAAAGAUUAGCGCCAAACAGAGUCAGAUGGAGGGAGUUCGUCAAUGGCCUAUGCUCCCUAGAGUAG